AUGCGAGAUGACGCCCAUCAUCCCGAGACUCCCGAUACGGCUCCGAAUUUACCGGUAAUCCCAUCUGUGCCGUUCCUAGGGAACGAUUCGAUGCCCUUCAGCCAGCCGUACUACCCAUCGCCCAAUACGUCUACGAACGGUUGGUGGGAGCAUCCCGUGAAGCGCGCACGCGCCGCUGUGCAGGACAUGUCACUGGAUGACCUGGCCGCGCUGGUCACCGGCUCAGGGUACGGCAAUGGCCCGUGCGUGGGCAACAUCCAGCCGAUCCCCUCGAUCGACUUUCCUGGUAUGUGCCUGCAGGACGGCCCUACGGGCCUGCGCGGCGUAGACUUCGCCACAGCCUUCCCGCCAGCCAUCACCGUGGCUGGCACCUUUUCCACGGAGCUCAUGCGCCGCCGCGGCACCGCGCUCGGCCAGGAGUUCCGGGGCAAAGGCGCGAAUGUGUAUCUCGGUCCUAUGGUCAACCUGAUGCGCGCGCCAGCUGCUGGACGCAACUGGGAGGGCUUUGGCGCGGACCCGUACCUGAACGGCGAGGCCGCCUACCAAACGGUGCUGGGCGUGCAGAACGAGCGGGUGCAGGCCACGGUCAAGCACUACCUGGCCAACCAACAGGAGCACUUUCGCAAUACGGGCUCGUCGAACCUCGACGAGCGCACGGAACGUGAGCUCUACUUGCAUCCGUUCAUGCGGGCCAUCCAGGCCGGCGUCGUGUCGGUGAUGCCCGGCUACAACUUUGUGAACAACUCGUGGAUGUCGCAGAACUCGGCGCUCCUCAACGGCCGCCUCAAGACCGAGCUCCAGUUCCAGGGAUACACGGUCAGCGACUGGGGUGCGCAGCAUUCGGGCGUUGCAUCGGCCCUGGCAGGUCUGGACAUGACCAUGCCGGGCGGCACGUCGUGCUGCGACCUUAACACGACGAGUUUCUGGGGCCAGAACCUCACCCAGGCCGUUACGAACGGGAGCGUGCCACUCUCUCGCGUCCAAGACAUGGCUACGCGUGUGCUUGCCGGCUACUACUUUGUGCGGCAGGACGAGGGGUACCCCAAGCCCAACUUCAACUUUCUGGACAUCACGGAUCCCGCCACCAACGAGCAUGUGGAUGUGAUGGCCGACCACGACGUGGUCUCGCGCGAGAUUUCCACGGCCGCGAUUGCCCUGCUUAAGAAUACCAACGAGACACUGCCGCUGUCCAAGCCCAAGAAAAUCGCGCUGAUCGGCUCGGACGCCGGGCCUUUCCCGCUGGGCCUCAACUACUACCCUGACAACAUCGGGUGGCCCUCCGGCGCGCUGAGCAUGGGCUGGGGCUCCGGCUCCACGAUGAAUCCGUACCUGGUGACUGCGUACGAGGCGAUCCAGCAGCGCGCGCGCCAGGACCACACAGCCAUUAACUGGUCGUUUGACGACUUUGACUAUAAGAAUGCGCAGAAAGUCGCCAACUACUCGGACGUGGCCAUGGUGUUCGUCACGUCACUCUCGGGCGAGGGCUAUGGCACUGUGCCUGCCACGAAGCCAGAGGACACGGCUGCCAAUAUGGGCGAUCGGAACAACAUCACGCUCUGGAAUAGCGGCGAGCAGCUGAUUCAACAGGUCGCUGCGAUCAACAACAACACGAUCGUUGUCGUGCAUGCGGUCGGCCCCGUGCUGAUGGAAGAGUGGAUUGAGCAUCCCAACGUCACGGCCGUGCUGUGGGCGCACUUGCCCGGCUCCGAGAGCGGCUCGGCGGUUGCAAAUGUCGUGUAUGGCGACUACAACCCGUCUGGGCGUCUGCCAUACACGAUCGCCAAGGAGCGCAGUGACUACCCAGCCGAAGUGAUGUACAACUCGGAUAUGCCACAACCCCAGAUCAACUUUACCGAGGGCCUCCUCAUCGACUACCGCCACUUUGAUGCCAAUGCGAUCGAGCCGCGCUUCGAGUUCGGGUUCGGUCUGUCGUACACCCAAUUCCAGUACGCAGCACUCGAUGUCGAGUUUGUGGGUGACGAUGGCCACAACUGGAACCACAAGUGGGGCCACAGAAUUGCGCCGGACGGCCUCCCAGCGUGGCUCUUCGAGACGGCCGUGCGCGUGUCGUUCACCGUGCGCAACACGGGCGAUAGGGAUGGCCACGAAGUCCCCCAGGUGUAUCUGCGCUUCCCGCAAGACAGUGGCGAACCGCCCAAGGUGCUGCGUGCAUUUGAGCGCGUGUGGGUACCGCGCGGCGAGACGGUGCGUGUGAACCACACGCUGAACUACUACGACUUGUCGGUGUGGAGCAUUGCGCACCAGCAAUGGCGCCGUCCUUCGGGCUCGUACGAGAUCCUCGUAGGUGCCUCAUCGCGCGAUAUCCGCCUGCGGCAGCCACUACUGUAG